CGUCGCGCGCAGACGCACGCACACACGGGCAGGCGCGCACGUACACGCGGAGGGGAGCGCACGCACCGAGUGGCGAACGCGCGGCACACCACACGCUCGUACCGCCAAGCCGACGCACUGUGCUUGCACACGCAGUAGACACACCGUUCGAACGCGAAACGCGGGUCCCCCCUCGGGUUUUUUUUUUCGUUCGCCCGACAACAUACACACACACGCAUACACUACCGCGGCAAACGGUACACGCACACACGGCACACACGGCAUACACGGCACACGCACGACACGAUGGCCGCGCCGCUCGUAUGUACGCGGUUUAGUGACAAUUACGAACUGAAAGAAGAGCUCGGCAAAGGAGCAUUUUCUGUUGUAAGGAAAUGCAUUCAAAAGCACACAGGAUUGGAAUUCGCCGCAAAAAUUAUAAAUACAAAAAAAUUAUCAGCCCGAGAUUUUCAAAAAUUAGAAAGAGAAGCAAGAAUAUGCAGAAAGUUACAGCACCCAAAUAUAGUCCGAUUACACGACAGCAUCCAAGAGGAACUGUUCCACUACCUUGUGUUCGACCUCGUAACUGGUGGCGAAUUAUUCGAAGACAUCGUGGCCAGAGAGUUCUACAGCGAAGCAGAUGCGUCACAUUGCAUCCAACAGAUACUGGAAAGCGUAAACCACUGCCACACAAACGGAGUUGUGCACAGGGAUUUAAAACCGGAAAACUUGUUGUUGGCUAGCAAAGUCAAAGGCGCAGCGGUGAAGUUGGCUGAUUUCGGCUUAGCCAUUGAGGUUCAGGGGGAUCAGCAAGCGUGGUUUGGUUUCGCCGGAACUCCUGGCUACCUAUCUCCUGAAGUACUGAAGAAAGAACCUUACGGAAAGCCGGUCGACAUAUGGGCUUGUGGUGUUAUACUCUAUAUACUGUUGGUUGGAUACCCACCGUUCUGGGAUGAAGAUCAACAUAGAUUGUACGCCCAAAUCAAAGCUGGCGCUUACGAUUACCCAUCGCCCGAAUGGGAUACAGUGACGCCAGACGCAAAAAAUCUAAUUAAUCAAAUGUUAACUGUGAACCCCGCUAAACGGGUCACAGCAUCUGACGCACUCAAACACCCAUGGAUAUGCUAUCGUGAGAAAGUUGCUUCGGCUGUACAUAGACAGGAAACGGUCGACUGCUUGAAGAAGUUCAACGCCAGACGAAAAUUAAAAGGUGCCAUUUUGACGACAAUGUUGGCCACAAGGAACUUCUCCAGUAAGUAUGAUGUACACGGUCGCAGUAUCAUAACAAACAAAAAAGGAGAUGGUUCUCAAGUGAAAGAAUCAACUGAGAGCAACACAACAAUAGAAGAUGAUGAUGUCAGGGAGGACAAAAAAGGGACUGUGGACCGGAGCUCUACAGUAAUUGCCAAAGAUGCAGAAGGAAAUGUCGGCACGCCACCACCGUCUCCGGCGCUGUCGACCUCUUCUUUCGGCAGCGUCCUGGGCUGCUUCAAGAGUUCCUCGUCCACGUCUCUCGGUUCCAAGACGAAUAAUAACAAACUGUCGAUAAUCGCCACCGGUGCUGUCAACCCCCAAAAUGCCAUUGCUCAUCAAGCGCGCAAACAAGAGAUCGUUAAAAUCACCGAACAACUAAUUGAAUCGAUCAACAAUGCUGAUUUCGAAGGAUACACGAAAAUUUGUGAUCCACACAUGACGGCGUUCGAACCGGAAGCGCUUGGUAAUUUACUGGAAGGCAUGGAGUUCCACAAGUUCUACUUUGACCACGAAUCUGUUUUGACAGUUUUAGGUAAGAAUCGAGGCAUCAACACGACAGUUUUGAACCCGACCGUGCAUUUACUCGGCGACGACGCGGCUUGCAUUGCAUACAUCAUACUCGUGCAGUACAUUGACAAGCAAGGGGUUCCUAGAUCGCACCAGUACGAAGAGACACGGGUAUGGCACAGACGUGACAACAAAUGGCAAAACGUACACUCGCAUCGGUCCGCAUCGGUCGCGUCCACCAGCGCCGCGUUCCCGCCAUCCGGCGUCGGUAAAUAACCGAUCACGGCCGGUUUACGCACUGACGGUAAAAGAACAAACAAAGAGGCCCACUAAUAACAAUGUUUUUGUUCCUUUUUUUUCUUUCUUUCUUUCUAUAUAUUUAUUUGUUUAAUUAUUAUUAAUUUUUUUUUUUCAUUUUGACU